AAGCCAUUGAACUUUCCUCAACCGCCGGUGCCGUUCUUGGAGUACGGAUUGGAUCGAGUGCUCUUCAACCCGGGUGUCUACCAACUUCAAGACAGUGUGUCGAGAGUGUACAACUUUGAUCCCUACCUACAAAACAUCAUGCCAGCAGUCGAGUUCGACUUUGAUUCGCUGAAGGAGUACAAGACGUCGUCCGAAGAUCAGACCCUUGUGCAGAUGGCAAAGAAGACCCAAAGCAAGUACAUUGGAUCUACGUCGAGCAUGACCAGCUCCCUGGCACACUUCCAUCAUCUCUUAUCCAACUGGCGACCGCUCAACUUGGACAUGAUGUCAAAGGGAUUCGUAGGACCCACCACGAGCAAUCAGUUGACCAACGUCAACAAGGCGCCCAGUGCGAUAUUCCUCAGAUGGAAGAAUGGCACCUACGCUAUCGAUGCUGAUAAGGAGUACGACAAUGCGAACGUGCUGAUGUUGCUUGGAAAGUCCAUGGAGUUGCUUCUCACCCAGCCCAAAUCGGAAUUUGAACGAUACCGCAAAAGCGAUCCUCGCAAGAUCCCGGAUGCCGAGCGAUUGGCGCCAGAGACCUAUCAAUACUCCACGAUGCGUGACUUCUUGAUGCGCUCGCAAUUGGAUGCCUAUGAUCCUCGAUUGCCAGGUAACGGCACCUUUGAUCUCAAGACUCGCGCAGUGGUCACUGUCCGCAUGCAGUCGCACGACCACGAAGAAAUGACCGGGUACGAACUUCUCUCCAACCAAGGCAGAUGGUUCUCCUACGAGAAAGAAUGGUUCGACAUGAUGCGCUCCACCAUGGUCAAGUACAUGCUCCAAGCACGCAUGGGACAGAUGAAUGGCAUCUUCGUCGCAUACCACAAUGUCGAGCGCAUCUUUGGAUUCCAAUAUGUGCCAAUGGCCGACAUGGACAGAGCUUUGCACGGUCAAACGGACCCCACCUUGGGCGAUCAGGAAUUCCGCGCCAGUCUGGAUCUCAUGAAUGAAGUGUUGAACAAAGCGACGGCGAAGUACCCGGAGCAGUCACUUCGCAUUCAUUUCGAGACGGUCGAUGCGAAGCAAGACAUGCCCACCUCGCUGCACAUCUUUGCUGAGCCGAUGACCGAAGACGAGAUUGACACCAUUCAGAGCAAGCAGAAGGCGAAGAUCGCCGAGUUUGAGCGGAACGUGAUGGGCAAAGAGGAGACUCAUCUUGAUAAGGUCGUGGAUGAGGCUGCCGAGGACGCUCAAACUGCAUCGGCAGCACAGCCAGAAGAUGACGUCGUGGGGGAGGAGGCAAGCGAUGGGUUCUCCACAGACGUUGAGCAAAACGACGAGGCGCUCGCAAAGGCCGCAGCAGAGGACGAGGGGUCCAGUGACCAAGACACGCCGACCAUGACCGCCGAGUCUUCCGAAGAACUGCGACCACUCUUCUACGCCACCGUCAUCGUGCAAUCGACCGUCAACGGCCAGACUCCUUCCGACGGACGACCUUCUAGUCUCCGGCCGGACGACAAGUGGGACAUUGACUACAUCCUCAAGGAAUACAACAUCACACGACAUCAGUGGGCGCUGUACGAGGAUAUGAAAGCACGCCGUCGCUUCGCAUACAAUUCUAGAGAGGAUGCAGACGAUCCGGACGCGCCUCCGCUAUCGCGGGAGGAAGAGCGGAGGAAGAAUAGGGGCGACGGUUUCAUGCGGCUGCUGAGGGGCAUGUCUGAUAAGGGAAGGCAGUUGCGGGAGAAAGUGGAUGAGAAGGACGAGGGGAAGACGGUGGUCCUGGUUGAU